GGGCGAUCACGUGGGUGGUUCUUUUUUUCAUUCCUACAGGCUGUUUCCACUUUGGGAAUUGACAGACAGGCAUCUGGUCUAAUAAUUCUCUCGGUUUUCUUUUGGUCCCACCCUCCAGGAGACAUAGGAACGAAUUGGUAAACCUGGCGGGGGACUGCAAGCAUCGCCCCGCCCCCUCCCCUCAGUGGGAGCCAAUGGGCAGGGCGCGCGGGGGACGUGGUCGGGGCGUCUCCGCCAUUUUGUGAGUCUAUAACACGGAGCCGUUGAGUCGGUUCCUGCUAUUCCGGCGCCUCCACUCCGUUCCCUUCGGGUCUCCUCGUGUGCCAUGGACGGCAUUGUCCCAGAUAUAACAGUUGGUACAAAGCGGGGAUCUGACGAGCUUUUCUCUACUUGUGUUACUAACGGACCCUUUAUCAUGAGCAGCAACUCUGCUUCUGCAGCUAAUGGAAAUGACAGCAAGAAAUUUAAAGGUGAUAACAGAAGCACAGGAGUCCCUUCCCGAGUAAUCCAUGUGAGAAAACUCCCAGGUGACGUCACAGAAGCUGAGGUUAUUUCUCUGGGAUUACCAUUUGGCAAGGUCACCAAUCUUCUCAUGCUGAAAGGCAAAAACCAGGCUUUCCUUGAAAUGAACACAGAAGAGGCAUCAAACACUAUGGUAAGUUACUAUACCACAGUGACUCCUGUUCUUCGAAGCCAGCCUAUCUACAUUCAAUUCUCAAACCACAAGGAGCUCAAAACAGACAACUCUCCAAAUCAAGCGCGUGCCCAGGCAGCACUUCAAGCUGUAAACUCUGUUCAGUCAGGAAAUUUGGCCCUCUCUGCCUCUGCUGCAGCAGCUGAUGCAGGAAUGGCAGUGGCUGGCCAGAGUCCAGUUUUGAGGAUCAUCGUAGAAAAUCUCUUCUACCCAGUCACUUUGGAUGUACUUCACCAGAUUUUCUCUAAGUUUGGCACAGUGUUGAAAAUAAUAACCUUUACCAAGAACAACCAGUUCCAGGCUCUGUUACAAUAUUCUGACCCAGUGAGUGCCCAGCAUGCUAAGUUGUCUCUUGAUGGGCAGAAUAUCUACAAUGCCUGCUGUACAUUGCGCAUUGACUUCUCUAAACUCACCAGCCUCAAUGUGAAAUACAACAACGAUAAAAGCAGAGACUAUACACGCCCAGAUCUUCCCUCUGGUGAUAGCCAGCCUUCUCUUGACCAGACUAUGGCAGCAGCCUUUGGUGCACCUGGUAUAAUCUCUGCCUCUCCAUACGCAGGAGCUGGUUUCCCUCCCACCUUUGCAAUUCCUCAAGCUGCAGGACUCUCUGUCCCCAAUGUCCACGGAGCCCUUGCUCCUCUGGCCAUUCCAUCAGCAGCAGCAGCUGCUGCAGCAGCUGGGCGAAUUGCCAUUCCUGGCCUCACCGGGGCAGGGAACUCAGUCUUGCUGGUUAGCAACUUGAACCCAGAGAGAGUUACACCCCAAUGCCUCUUUAUUCUUUUCGGCGUUUAUGGCGAUGUACAGAGAGUGAAGAUCUUAUUCAACAAGAAAGAGAAUGCCUUGGUUCAGAUGGCAGAUGGAAACCAAGCCCAGCUUGCCAUGAGCCAUUUAAAUGGACAGAAACUUCACGGGAAGCCAAUCAGAAUCACUCUUUCCAAGCACCAGACAGUUCAGCUUCCCCGUGAAGGACAGGAAGACCAGGGAUUGACUAAAGACUAUGGAAACUCGCCUCUCCAUCGUUUCAAGAAACCAGGCUCCAAAAACUUUCAAAAUAUCUUUCCUCCUUCUGCUACCCUGCACCUUUCUAAUAUACCGCCUUCAAUAUCUGAAGAUGACCUUAAGAUGCUAUUCUCAAGUAAUGGGGGAAUGGUCAAAGGAUUCAAGUUCUUUCAAAAGGACCGGAAGAUGGCUCUGAUCCAGAUGGGUUCAGUGGAAGAGGCCAUUCAAUCCCUAAUUGACCUUCAUAACCAUGACCUUGGAGAAAACCACCACCUUCGUGUGUCCUUCUCAAAGUCUACCAUUUAAAAUUUGGGAAGGCACAAGACAGAAUGAACCUGACUGACGAGAACCCCAGGGUUUCAGCCUGGUCUGUAAAGGCUGAACACCUGGGAUCACUUCCAUCAUUCCAGAUUUAAAAAAGCCACUUUAAAAGCAGCUGAAGUGACCUUAAAAGACCAGAGAUUUUAUUUUUUUAAGUGAAUCAGUUUACCUGUUUUUAAAAAAAUUAAAUCUAAUUCACAUUGUUAACCUUGCGGUGGUGGGAUAACAAUCUUGGUGACUGUACAAAAGCUACAUGAUGAAAAAAUCACAAGUUAAGUUUACGCUUUUUUGGAAACUGCUCUGGGAAUUUUCUCCCCAUCCCCUAAAAAGAAUCCUAACACAUUUAUCAGGUUUCACAUUGAUGCCUUUUAAUUUUCUUUACCCAGUCAAGCCUUUAAAGACCCCAAAACAACUGUGUGAUUGAUCACUCUUGUCGCCUGAGUCAGGAUCUUGCAAAGUAUGGGAUGGGUCUCCCCAUCCAGUCCUUGGUUUUAGGAUCAUGCUCCUAAUCCUGGAUUCUGCUAUCCUGUGCCUUAAACUUUUUUUUUUCUUUUGGGAGAGUGGGGAAGCAGGGAACGACCAUGGUAUAUCAGCAGAAAUAUAGAUUUUGAGCUUGGAGCAUUGAAGGGGAUGAAAAACUCGUUCUGCUCAGAGCAGAUGAGAAGUUGGCCAAGUGGAUAAAGAAAAUAUUGGGCAUUGUCUCUACUGUCCGUGAAUUGUCUCAUAAUCUGCAUUAGUAUCAUGUAUCUUUCCAGUGUUUCUCCAUUGGUAUUCUGUUUCCAGCAGAAGUCAGUGGAGUUGGUUAGAAACAUUCAAUUGACCAAGCAAAUAGGUCUGAGCAAGUCAAUUUCCCUUGUCAUACAUUUUUAUUCCAGUGAUGACAGCAGUUGAGCCCCUGCCUUCUAUGACUUGAUCAAGCUUAUUAUACUUUCAUCAUUGAUUGAACCCUUUUGAAGAUGAAUCAGCAUGAAUUUUUCCAAAUUUGUAGGUGCAUUUAGUGAUUCUUGGGAUUUCUUUUGUUAGGGUAAAACCCCUAAAGUUAGUGAUAUGUUAAGCUGAGGUAUAUUUAUGACUCCAGCUUGAUUUUUGAGACCAAGUAGUUCCUACCAUCGUCCCUGUUGCUUGUCUUCAGCAUUUGUUUGAAUCCUUGUAUUAUACUUUUUGAUGCAGUUGCUGUCAUCUGUGCCUAGCAAUAUUCCAGUUGACCAAAUAUUCUAAUCUUUUUUUUUCAUUUAUAUGCAAAAGAUAGUUUAAGUAACUUUUAUAGAAGAGGAUUAAAAAUGGUAUAAGUGUAAUCUAAAUUACUCUUGUGGUAUUACCCUUGUAUACUGUGCUUUUAUUUUAUUCUUUGGUAAUUAAGUGAAAUUGUAGGGCAGGAAUUUAGUUUUGAUUUAUCAAGCUGCGGUCAUGGCUGUGAGGUUGAUCAGUAAAGGGAAACUAAUUGGAUUGGAAGAUUGGGCCAAGUAGAUGUAAAGGUUCAAAGCGGCAAACAACAGUGGCUUCUGAGAAAUUGGAUUGAGUGAAUGGACCCAGGCUAAAGUUCUUUUUUUAACCCACCCCCUCAGAUUCAGAACUUAGGGAAGAAACAUCUGUAAAUUCUGCAGCAGAUGGGUAUGUCUAGUGGGCUGAGCCAUCUUGUACUAUGUUCAGGUGGCCUUAGUGUAUGGUCCUUGCUUCUCCGCAUGCCAUUCUGCCUUCUAUUUUUCACAAUCCGAUGUUGCCUUACAUUUUUGUUUAACCUUUAACCUAUUUAUCUGCAAAACAGAUUUCUUUAUACAUUUUUCAGGGUUUUUUCUGCAAAUUGUGGACCAAAGUUUUUUUUUUUGUUUGUUUUUUUUGUUUUUUUGUUUUUUCUUUUUUUAAUAGCCUUUUAGUGCUGGUAGUCAUGAGAUCCCAAAACUCUUCACUGGCCCAGCACUAAAGAUUUGAAGUCUUAACCUUUUUUAGUUCCUUAACCUAUGUGGGUGUGAACUGUGCUGGUGGAUGGAUGUGAUGGCUGAAUGAGUUUGGCUUGACUUGCUGGUAUGAAAUGUGGUAGUAGUCAUUCAGUAUCCAUAUUUCUGAUAGGAAGGAGGAUAUUUUCCAUAACUGCAGUAUGAUUUUUGUGAUGUCUUUAAAAAACUUCAUUACUCUGAUAUACCUGGGAGAAAAAGAUUUCUCCCAUGAGCAGUGGGAAGAAGUGGGAAGUGAUUCCUACAGGAAUCUGCAUUUCAGUUUUAUGUUUUAGUUAUUGCUUGCACCAUUCCCUAAUCUACCUUCUCUCUUCCUCUUCUCCCCUCCUUCAGUUCCCUUCAGUUCUUCCUCCCCCACCACUCAUAAAAUUCUAUUUCCUUUCCUCCUUUUCUAUAUCUGGGAUAAAGUAUCCUCCCUUGCUAGCAUGGAAUGGAAUAUAUAGGUUGGCCAGCUCUUCCCUCUUCCUCCCAACCCACAAGUGCACAGCUAGGGACAAGCUCUCAUUUGCCUUACAGGAUGUUAGUUGGAAUGAAACUGAGAAAGUUGGCCUUUAUUAGUAAAGAUUUUCUUUAUAUUAAAAUAACUAAGCCAGCAAUCGGGCACUUUUUUGGUUUUUUCUUUUUGUUUUUUGUUUUGGUUUUUUUUUUUUUUUUUGUUUUGGUUUUUUGUUUUUGCCAGAUACUAAGUGAAUCUGUUGCAAGCCCAGCACCCAGGCGACUGCGGGUCUGUCUUUUGGAUCCCUGUGUUUGCAUGUAAAGAAUGUGAGUAACAAAGGGUGUACAUAUUUAUAAUUUUUUAUACCUGUUGUAAGACGUGAGGGGGCAGCAAAACCUAAUUUUUUUUUUUAUGGUGAACAGAUGUAUUGUAUAUUUUGAUAACAGCUAUUCCAGGUUCAGUAUUGUGAAAGUGGGGGGAGGGUGACCACAAACAAAUUCCAUUGCCUGUUUCAGAGAAUGUUUGUAAUGCGAAAAGAAUUGAAUUAAAACUAUUUUAUAACAACUCUGUACCUUCCUGUAGCUCUGUUAUUUACUGUUGGGAUUGUAGAAAGCAGUUAUUGGCCAGUCUGUACUUUGUGCUUCAAUAAAUUUCUUCCGUAUUCUUUGUUUCUGA